GCAGCACCUGUCCCCCGUGGGCACCGGCGCGCCGCCGCCCGCUCAGGACUCCCCGGAGGCCGAGCUCAAUUCCCCCAAAAUUAUAAAAGCGGGAAAACUCAAGACAAAGAAAUCCAACAAGGCUAGUGACUUCAGUGAUAUGGCAAACUGGCCAACACCAGGUGAAUUGGUUAACACGGGGUCUCAGAGUGUUAUCAACCAAGGAAAUAAAAAGCCACAAAUUAGAAAAGAAAAAGAAGAGAAGAUUGAAAAAAGAAGCAACAGUGAGAGCAAAGAGAACCGAGAAGCAAAACUAGAUGGUCCUAUUGAGACCAUCAGCGAGGAUGAGGCUCAGUCAAGCAGCCAGCGGAAGAGAGCUAAUAAGCACAAAUGGGUACCACUCCACUUAGAUGAUGUGAGACCAGACAGCCAGGAAAGACCUGAGUCCCGGAACAGCUCUAGAUGUCAACCUGAAGCAAAUAAACCAGCACACAGUAAUAGAAAAAGUGAUACACGAAGUUGGAGACGGGAUAGAGAAAAGAGAGAUGAUCAAGAUGAAGUGUCCAGUGUGAGAAGAGAGGGUGGUACCAUCCGAGGUUCUACCAGAGGCCGGGGAAGAGGCCGGGGCCGAGGAAACCCUAGAUUGAACUUUGAUUAUUCAUAUGGUUAUCGAGAGCCAGGGGAAAGGACUGACAUGGAGAACUCUGUUCUGAUCUACGUGACCAUAGGUCGCAUUCCUAUGUAG